AUGGCCACCGAACUCACCACUGGCACCCCUCUGGCAGAUGCUCUCAACAAUGCCAUCCAGGAGAAGAUCGUAGAGGUAGGCUGGGCGGGUAACACCACCGAAGCCGCCCCUAUGGCUGAGUACCUCGUGCUCAUGCUGGCCAACGGCAAAACACAAGAGGAAGUCGCCGCCGAGAUUUCUGGCGACCUUCUUAGUUUGGGACCUGACGACCCAACCGCAUUGCACUUCGCUCAGUGGCUCUUUGAACAGCAAAAUGCCCUCGUUCCACAGUACAGCUCCGCGCCUGAACCCGUACCCGACGAGCAGGGUGCGAUGGAUACGGCACAAGACAACUCGAUGGGCGACUUUAACAUGGACGUCACAACAGACGGCUCUGGCAAUGAGCUUAACGCUCCUACUGGACCCAAAGCUAUGCGGAACGGAAGCGGCAACGGCAUGCGUGGUGGACGGGAAAAGCGUAUCAUGGGCCAGAUCAACCGUGCCAUGGACAGGACUCACGACCCCAACGUAGCUCUGCAUCGCGUUCGCGGCCAGUCUGGAAACGAGAGGAUAGCACGAGGCCCUCCUACAGGCCCGAGAAUGGGCGUUGGAAGACAGCCACGUACGACAAACACGCGUGUCGCCAGCAUCGCGCAAGGAUUGGCGAACAUGGGCGGCCCUGCCGGGCCAGGCGGCAUGGGCCCGAUGAACCCGAUGAACGCCAUGAAUGGUAUGGGUGGGUUUGGCCAGCCGGACAUUAUGGCGAUCAUGGAGCAGCAAAGGCACAUGUUGCAACAGAUGCAGAUGAUGAUGCAACAAAGUGGUGUUGCUCCCAACGGUCAUGCCCCCCAUGGGCAUGGUCGCGGUCACGGACGGCCGCUAUUUGAGCGCACUAGCCGGCCAAACUUCCGCGGCCGUGGUGGCGGCUUCCAAGCUGGCGGUCACCAACACACACAGGGUUCGGAUGCCGGUCAAGGUGACCCUACGCAACAAGGUCAGCAGGCUGGUGAAGAUGUCGACAUGAUGCAACCGAAGCGCGAGCCCCAGAAUCCCGAAGAGACAGUCUGCAAAUUCAACCUUCGCUGCUCUAACCGAGAUUGCAAGUUUGCUCACCAGUCUCCGGCGGCGCCGCCUAACGUCCCAAUCGACGUGAAGGACGUUUGCAGCUUCGGUGCGGCUUGCAAGAACCGGAAGUGUGUUGGCCGUCACCCAUCGCCGGCAAUCAAGGCGGCGCACCAGAGUGAAAUGGACUGCAAGUUCUUCCCCAACUGCACCAACCCUCAUUGCCCGUUCAAGCACCCCAGCAUGCCCCCCUGCCGAAACGGCGGCGAGUGCAAGGUGCCCGGAUGCAAGUUCACCCACGUCAAGACGCCUUGCAAGUUUCACCCGUGCACCAAUCGAUUCUGCCCUUUCUCUCACGAGGAGGGUCAACGCGGUACAUUCCAGGAUAAGGUCUGGGUAGCCGGCGAGGAAGGCGAACAACAGCACGUCAGUGAAAGGAAGUUUGUGGACGAGAACGCCCCCGAAGACGUGAUCUUGCCCGGAUCUGAGGACCAGCAAGCGGACGCCAACAUGCCUGAGGUUGUCGUUUGA